AUGGAUCCAAGGCUGCUCAGAGCCGCGCGCGGUGGUCACCGCUUGUGGCUGGAGGCUGUUCUGGGCGCCGCCCCGGCGCCGAACCAAGUCGCCGUCAACCUCGUGGAUGGCACCGCCGCCGGACCGCCGCCCCCUGCACCGAGACAAGAGCCGCCGCCGCCCUCCGCAGCGCCGCUGCUCCUGGACGUGGCGAUGACGACACCGCAGGGAGACUCCGCGCUGCACGUGGUGGCAGCCUCCGGUGACAGCGAAGACUUCCUGAGCUGCGCGCGCACGAUCUACCGCACCUGCGGCCGCCUCCUGGAUCGGCCCAACGCGAAGGGCGACACGCCGCUGCACAGCGCCGCCAGGGCCGGGAACUCGGAGAUGGUCAGGUGCAUCCUCGACAUGGCCGGCGAGGAGGAGCGCGCCCGGGCGAGAGGCAGGGUGGUGGAGGUGCUGGAGAGGCGGAACAGUCGUGGGGAGACGGCCCUGCACGACGCCGUCAGGGUCGGCGACGAGCACCUCGUCAAGCACCUGAUGUCGCUGCAUCAGCGGCUCGCUCGUCUUCCCGGCGGCGACGGGAUGUCGCCGCUGUACCUGGCGGUCUCGCUGGGCCACGACUCCAUCGCGGAGCUCCUGCAUCAGCAAGGGGACGAGGAACUCUCCUAUGCUGGACCUGCGGGACAAACUGCCCUGCACGUUGCUGUCCUACGAGGUGUAGAAAUGACAGAAAAGAUACUGCAAUGGAACAAGGGGCUCACCGGCGAAGCUGACGCAUCCGGCAGCACGGCGCUCCACUUCGCAGCCUCAGCGGACGGAGCAGAGAUCGACCUCGAGAACAGUUCACUCCUCCGGUGGAUCCGCUUGCGAUGGCCGUGCUCGUGCCAUGGCCGCCGGACAUCAACCCAAGCUCUACUGAAAGCCGACCCAUCCUUGCCCUGCCGGCCGGACAGCAACGGGGAGUACCCCAUACACGUCGCGGCGUCCAUGGGCAACCUCAAGCUCGUGGCCCUCCUCCUCCGCAAGUGCCCGGAGUGCGCCGGCCUUCGCGACGCCCGUGGGAGAACCUUCCUCCACGUCGCCGUCGACCAGAGGAGGGAGGAGGUCGUGGAGUUCGCCACCGACGGCGACCAGCUGCCGGCGGCCAUCCUCAACGCGCAGGAUGACGACGGCAACACCGCGCUGCACCUGGCAGUCGUCAGCGGGGUCCUAAAUGUGUUCUGCUACCUGCUACGGAAUAGCAGGGUGUUCUUGGAUCUUCCCAACAAUGGCGGCCUCACUCCGGCUGACCUGUGUAGGAGCACCAUUCCUGCUGGGCUUCACUACAAAACGAAUGCGCGAACGUGGAUACUCUGGUCCCUGGUGGUAGCGAAAGCCUCCGGCGGCAACAUCCGGCGCGAUCACUUCCAGCAGCAGUACGUGCCCAAGCUUGACGAGAGCACCGAGUCCAAGAAGAUGACGGAGUCGGCGCAGAUCCUGGGCAUCGGCUCCGUCCUCGUCGCGACCGUCGCCUUCGCGGCGGCUUUCUCCCCGCCCGGCGGCUACGCAGCCGGCGACGGGAAUGGCAGCCUCGCCCCCGGAACUCCAGCUCUGGCCGGGCGGUACGCCUUCGACGCGUUCAUGUACGCCGUCGCGGUGGCGUUCACCUGCUCCAUGCUCGCCACCUUCAGCCUGAUCUACGCCGGCGCGGCGGCGGUGGAUUGGACCAUCCGGCACAUCUACUUCAAGCAUUCCCUGUCGUGGAUGCGCAAGUCGACGAGGAGCCUGCUGGUGGCCUUCGCCCUCGGUGUCUACCUGGUCCUGGCCCCGGCCUCCCGCGCCACCGCGAUCGGCGUCUGCGUGUUCACCGCCGGCACGCUGCUCUUCAGGAACAGGGAGGUGGUGCGGAUGAUCGUCUGCGCCCGCGUGUUGCAGAGGAGGAUGGGGGUCGCGGUGCUCGCGAAGAUUGGGGUCCCGAUCGCCUUCGACCUGGUGAAGUCCAACCUCGUCUACCUCGUCAUCUUCGGUGCCCCCUUGUGGACUCCGCUAUGCGUGCUGUUUUUUGUCUGGAGGCUAUCGCCAAAGAUACUAAGAUAUAUCCACAGAAAGUUGAUAUGA